UAAACAUUUCAGAUAUCUUCAGAGAGUAACUCACAGCAACCACCAUCCCGCCUUCAAAUGAUCCUUGAUGAAUAUCAUUCACAAACAAGUGACUUCAGUGAUGAGGAACUUCUUGACACGUGCUUUCAGUUACCUUACAUCGCCAUAGGGCACUUCAACGAGAGCGGUGGAAGCCUGUCUUUAGAUAACUACGGUGUUCACCUCACUAUUCCGCCUGGUGCUAUACCUCCCGGCCCCCCUCAGGAGGUCUACAUCUAUGUCGACCCAUCUGCACUGCUGACCGAUGGGGACGACCCGACAAAGAUCGCACUUUCGAGACGCGUCAAAUGCGGCCCUACAGGGUUGAAGUUUGCGGAAAGUGUGGUAUUGUCCUUCCCUCAUCAAGCUGAUGUAACAAGUAUGGAUCCCAAGGGGUUCAGCGCCAGAAUGUGUCAAGACGAUGACUCGUCAAAGACGUGGGAAGAGUUCGAUGAAAAUUUGGUCGUGGUGACCAAAGACAGGGUAAUUCUCUUUGUAAAUCACUUCACAUGGUACGCGCUGGAGUUCUUAAUGAAACUGAUGUCAUUGGGGAGCAGUAGCAAACGGCUUCUAGUGGCUGCCUACGGAGACAACUUCGUGCGCAACGGACGAACAUACCAAUUUCGGGUGUGGGUUUUGAACGACGAUGAAGCAGUCAAAAAGAAUGUGGAAGCUGAUGAGAAGUUGAACAGAUUGGAUGGUUUCCGGAACCUUUUGUUUAGGUGGGGCGGGGGCGGAGUGUACGUUAAACUUUCUCAGUUCCCUGAUGGAUGUCAAGUGCCUGAAGGAGAAGAACAGAUUAUCGACGAGACAAAGAUAAGCAAUCAUCCAUCAAACUCUGUGACAUUUACCCUGCGUCAACUAUCAAAGCUUCAUGGUGGUGACGACCUGUACUGUUCUGUGGAAACGUACCAGAAACGUGCAGAUGGAGACUCCAGAAAGCAAAGCAAAAGUUGCCUUUCUAUUUGCGCUGCUAUAAAGACAGAAAACUGUGCUGAGAUGACUGCCCGUGAUCGUGGUGUUGCUGUCGGCAAUGCAGCGCUAAUGCAGUCUACAUCAUCGAUUGGAGCAGAAAGCAAUGGCACGACCACAAGUCUCCAGGACGAGAUCAAGAAUGGUUUCUCCAAACGAAGACGUGAGGGCAACGGUCACUGUGGAGACCCGAAGAAAAGUUUUGAUUUGUACAAGGAAGUGCAGCAGCAAUUGAAAGGACAAAAUGGUAGCGGUGACAGCUGCAGAAUCUUCGUGACUUUACACAGUGACCAAGUCCUGUGCAUUCAGAAGCCUGGUAUACGUAGAGAAAUAACACCGACGGAAUGCAACAAAAUUGUUCAAGAGAUCACCAGGCAACAUGUUGCCCCGAACCACGGGGUAACUGAACUCCAGGUUUCAAAAAAGGAAGAAAUUAUGUCAGAUAGGAAAGGCAUCAAAGAUUCAACGCUGCGUUUGUUUUCGAAGGAGCUCGGUGCUGAAUGGGAGGCUCUAGCAACCUUCCUCGGCUUUAGUUCACCCGACAUCUACCAAUUCAAGAACGACAACCCACAUGAUACCAGCAACCAGAUUUUUCAGAUGCUAGUGGGAUGGCGAGAUGAGCGGUAUCCUGAAGCUCUGGUCAAUACGCUCAAAACCAACAUCGUAGAGAUCUACGGAGUGGAUAUUGGUAAUAAACCUCCAAAAAUAGGCCUAGAUGAUUCAAGUCUUCAAGAGGUGUCACUCGCGCUGGGACCUGAGUGGGAGGCACUAGCAACAUCUCUCGGCUUCAGUGAAACCGAUAUCCUCGAGAUUAAGGACAGUCAAGAUCAGAUUCUCAAAGUGCUACUUGGAUGGCGAAAUAAGCAGUUAUCCCCUGAAGCACAGCUUGAAUGGCUUUGCUGCGAGUUGAAGAAAAUUGACAGGGAAGAUCUAGCUGAUAAACUGCGUGGUAUGGACGGUUUCAUUAUAUUUGUUUUUAUUCUAUGUUCAUUUAUUUAUUGGUGCUAUAUUUUUGCUGCAUUCGUCCUGUUAAAGUAGUCAGGGCCAUAUGUGACAUGUACAUGGGUACGCUUUAAAUUUUAGUCUAGAUGAGACUAGAUGAGAUUCUAGUCCAAACGGUGUCUCCUUUGACUUAUCUCAAUUAGUUUUCCUUUUGGAGGACAAUCUUUCCUGUCAACCCGCUCACGGACCGUACCAAUGCGUACCGUACGCGGUUUUCAUCCAAAUGUGGUGUUCCCUUUUUAAAAUUUCUAUGGUUAUCAAUUUCAACCAACCCUAUUUUCUACCGACCCUGACUUUGUCUAUUAAAUAACAAAGGAUAUGAUGCAAAAACAGUGCUGAAAAUGUGCAUGUGCAAUACGAUGUCGCCCAAACACCAAAGUGGCGACUGUUGAACGAAAUCCACAGUACGGCAUCCAGUGCAGAACGAGCGGUGCUGUACCACCCUCAAUAGGCCUACUACAUAGAUCACCAAAACACAAAGAAGUGACUUCGUGAUGUGACAGCACUUAUCUAAAAAUUAGUCUUGCUACUUUUUUAUCACGUAAUUCUUUUUUUUUUCGGACUUUACCAUUGACGGAAGCAUCAAGAAAACCGAUCUCCCUGUGAAGCGAAGGCAACCGAAUGUCAAUGACGCUGUUCCCGUUGGUAUUCUCACCUCUGGACGCAGGCUUGAGUUUUAAGUUAUUUUGUUAUGUUAAAACAACACAGUUACGAUAGACAGUAAUAUGAACGUGGAUUAGAGAAAGGAGACAAUGGAAACAAUUUACUUACUCCAAUGAAUGCGUGUAUUAUCCAAUUAUAUCUUAAAAGCAGACGUACUAUUUCUCUUUGUGGUCACAAACAUGAACUUAGCACGAAAUAUGAGAACGAUUUAUGAACUUUAAAUUAUGAGUACCACAUUAUUUCAGCUGGACGAUGAAGAAUUUAUGUUUAAUUUUUCAUUGAUAACAUUGGGUUUUUUUAAUUAUUACCGUACCUUUUGCUGUAAUUGUGUUACCACAGAUGCAACAAUGUUUACUACCAGCUAUAUGUGUUUGCUAUGGAAAACUCAGCUGAUUGGUGUGCAGUAGAUGGAAGUUUGGUUUCACUUCGCGAUUCCUUAUAAAUUAUGGGUUACAAAAUGUUAAUGUAUGUAAGCUACGUUUAAAAAUGUGCAUUUCAUGAACGAGACAAACAAAGCAAAAUGAUUUUUUUCAGAAUCACUGAUUCUAACCGUUGAUCUGCUUGUGAAACUAUUUGCUGUUUGAUAAUAGGCAAAUUCAUUUGUACCUUAACAUGGUUUGAAACAAGCCAUAUAUUUGUUAUAUGUUCUCCCCAAAAUAAAUGAAAAGAAACGCAGUCCUGUACUUUAUGUAAGAGAUGGCGACUGCAUCAGCGGAACGUUUUUAAUGCUCAUUUUUCAAUCCACUGACUAUUUGAAUAUCAUGUAUAAAGUGAAAUCUGAGAGAUUACGUUGGAAAACCUACUAUAGGGCCUACCACUAACUUCAGUGUAGUUUUUUGUACAAAAAGGCUCAAACUAUUCUUCCUCUUCAACUUACAUUAACCUGGCAAUCGAUUCAUCCUACGUGAAGUGUAUUUCAAAUUAUGGGCAGAUGCAUUUUAUAGUUGCAAGUACAGAUUCAAUGCACAGACAACUUCA